CCGAGGACACCGUGAGGCCCAUCGUCGGCGAAUGAAGAUUCCGCUCAAGUAGAGAAGGUCCGUGUUUAUAGGCACACGAGAUGGAGUACCUGAGAAGCGCAUUAAGCUGCUUCGGCCUCGGCGGCGAGGUCGGCGCCCCGAUCGUCAAGGGCAAAGAGGAGGAGCAGGGCUGCGACAGGUGUCGGUCACACGGCGCGCGACUCACCGAUACCGAGCGAAACAUCGACAAGCUCUGGAGCGCCGCGCAUACCCUCAGGAAUAGACUCGACCAAUGCGACACCGACCUCGAGAUGAUACUGCACUGGUUCAACCGCGUCACCUACUCGCCAACAUACAUUACCGAGGAACCCGAGACGAUUUCUGGUUUUAUAAUUGGAGAUGCGGCUGGACAAGAUAAUCGGAACGAGAGCUUUAACACACAAGCGCCGACUAUUAUUGAAAGGUAA